CCGAYAGCCCUGAAGGCAGCAUAUCAAACGACAGCACUAGCUGUUACGGCUAAACACUUUUCAAACUAGAAACAGGGCGGUGUCGUUUAAACAAAGUACUUUUCACAAUGUCAAACGUCGGUCCAGAAGGUUCAGCGGCAGAUUCGGGCAACAGGCGUCUGCAGCAGACGCAAGCCCAAGUGGAUGAGGUAGUGGAUAUAAUGCGUGUUAAUGUGGACAAAGUGUUGGAACGAGAUCAGAAACUGUCUGAACUGGAUGACAGAGCAGAUGCACUGCAGGCUGGAGCCUCCCAGUUCGAGACCAGUGCUGCCAAACUGAAAAGGAAGUACUGGUGGAAGAACUGCAAGAUGUGGGCCAUCCUGAUAGCUGUUGUAGUGAUCAUCGUCAUCAUCAUCAUUAUUUGGAGCUGCUCCUAAAGCAGCAGUGGGAUGAAGAGGAGUGGAGGUAAAAAUGAAGAGUGGGGCAGUGUGCAUACUUCAAGUCGACAUGAUCACAAAAUUCACUUCUCCCAAGGGUGUUCAUUCCUUCUCCUGUAUUGCUGUGUGUGUGAGAAUGUGUAUGUGUUUAUUUCUUGUGCCUUAGUAAAGGUCUGUUUAUACUUCAGGUUUAAUCUGUAAUGAAAUAUUAAUAUAACACAUUGCUAAACUAAUUUAAAAGCCACGUCUUCACAAGCCAAAGAAAACAUACAAUAAAUCUUUUACAUGAAUAAUUUCUGACAUUGUAAUAUAGUGCAUAUAUACACACAUUUUCUAUCCUUCAGACUAGAAGUGUAUGUGUUGUAAACUGUUUAGCUUAAUAUAAUAUAGUGACAUAGAUUUUGUGUACCAGGUUAGAAAACUGUGCCUCUGAAGAUGUUCUUGUCAGGARUGGCUCUUUGUACAACAUUUCUUAUUUUAAAAAUGUGUUUUGAUUUCCAAAUGGUUACAGUUGACUAAUGUAUGUGUGGGUUUCAAUAUACUAUUAUAUUUUUUGCACACAAUAAAAUUGACUUAUUUAUAGAGAACAUUACAAACAGUGAUAGAAAACACAGUUUAGAGUUUUUUUUAACCAUCUGAUCACUCAUCUUGAGUAGCACUCCCCGAUACUGAUAAGUUAAAAUGGACUUGUUUAGAAAAGGUGCCUCUGCCAAGACCAAACAGCCUCAUAUCCUUACAAAGGUCAAAGACACUGCCUCAAAAAUAAAAGCAGAGAGAGAGAGAACAGAACAAAAGUGCUAGCAAUAAGUAAAAUGUUUCGUUUAGGGGCUCUAAAGGUUGCAACGAAAACGUUUUGUGAAACAUCUAAGUACAAGAAUAUACAGAAUUGUAAUUUUCGACAGAUAAAAUGAGUUUCUCCAAUAGAGAACAGCAAAUAAAGCCAUAACUUUGACCGUGUGUACCUGCCAACGAAGCAUAGUGCCUUCUGAGUGCUCACUGUCCAAACAAAAACUGUGCCCCUGGCUUUGGUCAGCUGAAUUUAACCUCUAAUAAACUCCUCUGGCAUUUAUUCCAUGUGAAUAAUGUAAAAUACUUCUCACAUGUAAUAUCCCAGUUUUAGUGUAUAACAGCUUUUAUUUGCAUCUUGUUAAAUAUAGAACUAAUGGGAAAUUUAAGUGUUUUUGUGGUGCUUUUCUUGCUACUGCUGAACAUUACAAGUGCCAUUGUGAUUUAUGCUACACCAACACUGGAUUUGGGUUUUUUUCUCAUUUAUGUUGUACAUUAUUUCAGUUUCGGAUACAUUUUGUUAUUGGCAUUUGCAGUUGAUCUAUAUUUACGCAAAAAUAAUAACUAAAAGAUGGGUUCUUAUGAUAUACAUUUUAGUUACAGACUGCAGCCUCCUUGACAGUGAUUUGUUGACCAUUACAGGCAGUGUGUUUUCAUCUUUGUUUAUUUUUACAAAGAUUUGAGACCCAUUAACUUUUAAGCCCAACGCUGACCCAAUGUGUUUGAAAAAUGCAAGUGUACUUUUUGUCUUUAAAUAAUUAUUACUUCAAUAAAACAAUUACAUCUAUGAAAAA